CUGUUUAAGGCUGAGUUGCCUGUGCUCUCGACCCCAUUUCCUCUUUUUUCCUUAGGACCUUACUUUAAUCAAUUAUUCUUUUUUUCUUUAACAAGUACUUAUAUAACCACUUUACAAUGAUUAAUUAAUUUAAUCUUCAUAACAAUCCUGUGAAGACGUACUUCUAUUGUCAUAGCUAACAUCCUUUUUAAAAAACUCUUAUUUUUUUUUUUUGAGACGGAGUCUCACUCUGUCGCCCAUGCUGAAGUGCAGUGGCGCGAUCUCGGCUCACUGCAAGCUCUGCCUCCUGGGUUCAUGCCAUUCUCCUGCCUUGGCCUCCUGAGUAGCUGGGACUACAGGCACCCACCACCACACCCGGCUAAUUGUUUGUAUUUUUUAGUAGAGACAGGGUUUAACUGUGUUAGCCAGGAUGGUAUCGAUCUCCUGACCUUGUGAUCCUCUCACCUCGGCCUCCCAAAGUGCUGGAAUUACAGGCAUGAGCCACUAUGCCCGGCCAAAAAACUCUUUUAACUACCUCCCCCUCUUGAGGAUUCCUUCUCCCUCUCUAUGCAGACUUCUCCAAAGACUGUCUUACUUGAUAUCUCCAUUUCUGUCUCUGCUUCUCCACCUCCUGCUCACUCCUUAACCUAUUGUAGUCUUGUCUUCUGCACUCACUAUGUGAACUGGUCUAGUUAAUUACAUUAGUAACAUUAAUUGCUAGAUCCAAAAGGAUACUUACAGACUUUGUUUUCUUGACCUACUCUGUGGUAUUUGAUAUUAUUGAUAAUUGCUCUUUGAAACUCUUCCAUGACUUCAUUUUUUUCCAGUUUUCUUUUUUUUAAGCCUCUUUUUUUUUUUUUUUGCUUUUUUUCAACUGUCCACUCCCUGAAAUAUUACUGUUUUCUUGGAUUCUGUCUUUGACCCCUUCUCGUCUUAUGUAUCUUUUUCAAGUGUCCUCAUCUGCUCUCUUGGUUCAAAAUACUGCCUGUAUAUUGAUGACUCCUUCAUCUCUCUCUGGCUCAAACUUCUCUGCUAAACUCCAGACCCAUAUACCCACCUUUACAUUGGGCAUUUCCACUUGGGUGUAGUCUUUUUGUACUCAUAUGCCUUGUACUGAACUUUUUCUCUUCUGGUUUCGACUCCUUUAUUCUCUACUUUGGUUGGUAGCAUCAAUGUUUGCCCAAGUGCACAUUCUGUAUUCUUUCUAGAUCUCUUUCUCUUGCCUUCACAUACCACUCACCAAGUUCUGUCAUUUCUCCUGGCUAAGUGCUUCUUAAACUUAUUUCUUCUGUUCUAUCCUCUACCACUGUUUUAUUUUAGUUAUUAAUUGUUUCUUAUGCAUUUCUGCAUUAGGUCUCCAUGCCCCUGCCUCUGUUUUUAUUCCUGUCAAUUUCAUCCUUUAGUCCAGCAUAAUCGUAAUUAGUUUUGUCCUAAUUCUUCAGACAUCUCCAACUACUAGAUCCCAUGCACAUUACAUCCAGUCAUACCAAGCUAUUUCUGCUGUCUCAAACAUUCCAUGUUUUUGUUGCUUUUUGGUAUGUUUGGAAUGUUUGGUUAUUUAUUUAAGAAAACCAAAGCUUGGGCCAGGAGUGGUGGCUCACGCCUAUAAUCCCAGCACUUUGGGAGGCCGAGGCAGGCGGAUCACCUGAGGUCAGGAGUUCAAGACCAGCCUGGCCAACAUGGUAAAACCCCAUCUCUACUAAAAAUACAAAAAUUAGCCAGGCGUGGUGGCACAUGCCUGUAGUCCCAGCUACCCAGGAGGCUGAGGCAGGAGAAUUGCUCAAACCCGGGAGGCAGAGGUUGCAGUGACCCGAGAUCAUGCCACUGCACUCCAGACUGGGUGACAGAGUGAAACUCCAUCUCAAAAAGAAAAAGAAAAAGCCAAAGCUUGAAAGUAUUGAGCUAAGAGAACGAGAGAUAGAACGACUGUCAGUUGCUUUGGAUGGUGGUCGGUCCCCUGAUGUCCUUUCUCUGGAGUCUAGAAAUAAAACCAAUGAAAAGCUUAUUGCUCAUUUAAAUAUUCAGGUUGACUUUCUUCAGCAAGCUAAUAAAGACCUGGAGAAGCGUAUACGAGAGCUUAUGGAAACCAAGGAAACAGUGACAUCUGAAGUCGUUAAUUUAAGUAACAAAAAUGAAAAACUCUGCCAAGAAUUAACUGAAAUAGAUCAGUUAGCACAGCAGUUGGAAAGACAUAAAGAAGAAGUGCUUGAGACUGCUGAUAAAGAGCUUGGGGAAGCAAAGAAAGAGAUUAAAAGAAAGCUCUCUGAAAUGCGGGAUCUUGAAGAAACAAUGGCAAAACUUCAGCUGGAAUUGAACUUAUGCCAGAAAGAAAAGGAGAGACUGAGUGAUGAACUCCUUGUAAAAUCAGACCUAGAAACUGUUGUUCAUCAGCUUGAACAAGAAAAGCAAAGACUUAGCAAAAAAGUUGAAAGUUUUGCAGUUACAGAACGACAACUUACUCUGGAGGUUGAGAGGAUGAGACUAGAACAUGGAAUAAAACGUCGAGACAGGUCACCUUCUCGUUUAGAUACAUUUCUGAAAGGUAUAGAAGAAGAACGAGAUUAUUAUAAGAAAGAGCUAGAGAGACUCCAACAUAUAAUACAGCGAAGAUCUUGCUCUACAAGUUAUAGCGCACGUGAAAAAAGUUCAAUAUUUAGAACACCAGAAAAGGGUGAUUACAAUUCAGAAAUUCAUCAGAUCACAAGAGAAAGAGAUGAACUUCAGCGUAUGCUAGAAAGAUUUGAAAAAUAUAUGGAAGAUAUACAGUCCAAUGUUAAAUUAUUGACAGCAGAAAGAGAUAAACUAAGUGUCUUAUAUAAUGAAGCUCAGGAAGAAUUAUCUGCCCUAAGAAAAGAAUCCACCCAAACCACAGCACCCCAUAAUAUUGUUAGUCUUAUGGAAAAGGAAAAAGAACUUGCGUUAUCUGACUUAAGAAGAGUUAUGGCAGAAAAGGAAGCUUUAAGAGAAAAAUUAGAGCAUAUUGAAGAAGUGAGUCUUUUUGGAAAAUCAGAAUUAGAGAAAACUAUUGAACAUUUGACAUGUGUUAAUCAUCAGCUUGAAAGCGAAAAAUAUGAAUUAAAGUCUAAAGUGUUAAUAAUGAAAGAAACAAUAGAGUCGUUAGAGAACAAAUUAAAAGUCCAAGCUCAAAAAUUUAGCCAUGUGGCUGGUGACUCAUCUCAUCAGAAAACAGAGGUGAACUCACUUAGGAUAGUAAAUGAGCAGCUACAGCGGUCAGUUGAUGACUAUCAGCACCGACUUUCCAUAAAAAAAGGUGAACUUGAAUCAGCCCAAGCACAAAUUAAAAUACUGGAGGAAAAGAUAGAUGAACUAAACCUUAAGAUGACUUCACAGGAUGAGGAGGCUCAUGUAAUGAAAAAGACCAUUGGUGUUAUUGAUAAAGAAAAAGACUUUCUCCAGGAGACUGUAGAUGAGAAGACAGAAAAGAUUGCAAAUUUGCAAGAAAACCUAGCUAAUAAAGAAAAAGCUGUUGCUCAAAUGAAGCUAAUGAUCUCAGAGUGUGAAUCAUCUGUGAACCAGCUGAAAGAAACAUUGGUUAAUCGAGAUCAUGAGAUAAACAGCCUCCGGCGCCAGCUUGAUGCAGCUCACAAAGAACUCGAUGAAGUAGGAAGAUCUAGAGAAAUCGCUUUUAAGGAAAACAGAAGACUGCAAGAUGACCUGGCUACAAUGGCAAGAGAAAAUCAAGAAAUCUCAUUGGAAUUGGAAGCAUCAGUGCAAGAAAAAGAAGAAAUGAAGAGCAGAGUUCAUAAAUACAUAACAGAGGUGUCACGAUGGGAGAGCUUAAUGGCUGCCAAGGAAAAAGAAAAUCAAGAUUUGUUAGAUAGAUUUCAGAUGCUUCAUAACCGUGCUGAAGACUGGGAGGUCAAAGCCCAUCAAGCUGAGGGAGAAAGCAGCUCAGUUCGACUGGAACUUCUUUCUAUUGACACUGAGAGGAGACAUCUUCGAGAAAGAGUGGAGCUAUUAGAAAAAGAAAUUCAAGAGCACUUAAAUGCCCAUCAUGCUUAUGAAUCUCAGAUCUCAUCAAUGGCAAAAGCCAUGUCUCGAUUAGAAGAAGAGCUGAGACAUCAAGAAGAUGAGAAAGCAACAGUAUUAAAUGACUUGUCAUCUCUUAGAGAACUUUGCAUUAAACUUGAUUCAGGCAAAGAUAUUAUGACCCAGCAAUUGAAUUCGAAAAACCUUGAGUUUGAGAGGGUUGUGGUGGAAUUAGAAAAUGUAAAGUCAGAGUCAGACCUACUGAAAAAACAACUGUCAAAUGAGAGACAUACAGUUAAAAACCUCGAAUCAUUGUUGGCUACAAACAGAGAUAAAGAAUUUCAUUCUCACUUAACCUCCCACGAGAAGGAUACAGAAAUCCAGCUACUUAAGGAGAAGUUAACCCUUUCUGAAAGCAAAUUAACUAGUCAAAGCCGGGAAAACACCAUGCUUCGAGCUAAAGUGGCACAGUUACAAACAGAUUAUGAUGCUCUGAAAAGGCAGAUCUCAACUGAAAGAUACGAACGAGAACGAGCAAUCCAAGAGAUGCGUCGACAUGGUCUUGCUACACCACCCCUUAGUUCCACUCUGAGGUCUCCUUCACAUUCUCCUGAACAUAGAAAUGUGUAAUUAUCAGAAAGAAUAAUGGCUUUCAAUGAGUUCCUAUGUGGAUUUUUAAAAUAACAGAACAGUAAUGAAAUAUUUGAAGUACUUGUUGCUGAAAAUCAUGAACAUGGACACAAAUUCUACCUCUGUCAACUUUUACUUAAAUCAGUGAAUAUGUUAAAAAGUUUGGUUUAAAAGAACUAUAUCUAUAUGUAUAUUUUCAUAUAUAUGACAGAACAAGAAUAUGUAUUAAUAGUGCCUAAUGUAUCUAUAUUUUUAUUAUUCAUGAAUUAAAUUACUAAAAGUAUGUUUAUACUGUGAAUUAAUAUAAUGUAUUCACAUUAUUCUUUAAUAAUCUGUUUAUUAAUAAGCCAUGAUAUAUGUAUGUAAAUAUUCUUACAGUACUUGUUUUUAGUUGUCAUGCCUAUGUUUAGACCAUAUCUUAAUGUAUUCACAAAGAAUUAUCAACUUUGAUGCUAUGCUGUCAUGCUUAACUUUUUCUUCUUAAAAUUAUUCAUAGAUCUACUGUCUGUUGUCAAGGGGAAUAUAUUCAGGUCUAGUCUUAUAAUAGCAGAGGUCUUGGUAAAAUAACUACCAUAUAUAACGUGUUAUUGCCAUCUAGAAGAACUAUGAUGAGAAAGAUACAUUUAUAUAUUAUGUAAAAUGUUAACUGUCAUCAUAUGGACUCUAUGUAACACAAAUUCUAUCAAAAGCAAACUAAAAGCUAUAUGCAGAGUUUUGUAUAAAACAAUAGAACAGAAAUUUGGGACAUUUUUCUAGGAAAUAAAAUUCCUCGGUGUAUUAAUCUAAGGUUUCAAAGUAUAAAAGUAUAUGGGGUAGGCCGGGUGCAGUGGCUCACGCCUGUAAUCCCAGCACUUUGGGAGGCCGAGGCGAGUGGAUUUCCUAAGGUCAGGAGUUUGAGACCAGCCUGAGCAAUGUGGUGAAACCCCAUCUCUACUAAAAAUACAAAAAUUAUCUGGGCUUGGUGGCGGGCACCUGUAAUCCCAGCUGCUUGGGAGGCUGAGGCAGGAGAAUUGCUUGAACCCGGGAGGUGGAGGCUGCGGUGAGCCAAGAUCAUGCCAUUGCACUCCAGCCUGGGUGACAGAGUAACACUCUGUCUCAGAAAAAAAAAAAGAAAAGUAUAUGGGGUAAAUACAGUAAAACGUUUUGUUAAAUUCCAAUAUACAUUCAGUGAUACCACUCUUUUUCUUCUAAGCCUGUGUGUUAUAAUUUACCAGUUCCCCAAAAUGCCAUUUUUAACGCCGAACUGUGUAAUAUACAUGGAAAACAGCUUUUUACAAUUAAUUUUCAAAGUUGUAAUUUUAAAGAAUUUGGGUGUAUACCUAUGUUAAUGAAACAACAGAAGUACAAAAAAGAAUAUCAGAUACAAAAAUCAAUCGUGAAGAAAAUCUGUUCUUAAUAUAUUUCAUUAUGAUUGAAAAACAUAAAAACUAACAUAGGAAAGUGAAUGAUCAGUUACUUAUGAUAUAUUUUGUUUCCUCUUGUGGUUUAAUAAAGUGAAGUGUGUGUGUGUGUGUAUACCUAGGGGUGGGCAGUGCUCUUUUUCUAAAACUAAUAUGGCUUAUAUAUCUGAAUUAUGCCCUUUUUAGUGUGUAUUAGGAUGUGGGCUGGUUUGCUUUUCUACCACCUUUGUAAUUUUAUGUAUCCCAUCUCCUUUGUGUGAAUUCAUAUAUUAUAGCAAAAUACAAGAGACAUGGGACUGUUUGCAAUACCAUAUGGAAAUCUUUUAAUAAAUAUAUGUAAAUAAAAUAAAAAAUAUUUGUCCCCACCUUUUCCCCAAAAGCAACAGCAAGACAUAUUUUGUUAGAUAUUUUAUUUUUAAUGUUUUCUAUAAUUUAAAAAUGUAUAGCCUGCCAAAUGUUGUUUUCAUAACCAUGAUAUUGUUUUGAAAAACAGUUUUAUCUUAAAAUACUGAAUGUUCUGACCUUUUAUAGAUGUUUUUGAUUUUGUUUUAAAUAAUUUUAAAUUAUGGAGCUUGACCUAGAUUUGCCAAUAAACUUUCUAGCCUA